CUUUCCAAUUCAAUCUCAAAUUUUUCUCUCCCUAUUUCUUCCAAACCAAUCCGCUCGAUCAAACCUAGGGGAAUCCCUUGUUCCUAUAAUUAGAUCGAUCACGGGCCUCAAGGCUCCGCUUUUGGAGCAUCUCCGUCUUCGUCUCGGUGGCGGGGCUUCAAAAGCGAGGGCCUUCGGUUUUCCCCCUCUGUGCCUGGGCUUCCGCAAUGGCGGCGACGGAGGGCUUCGAGUCACCCCCGAUCGGGGCCGGGAAGCAGGGGACGCGCCGGCGGCUGUGGAAGAAGGUGAAGUACCAGUUGGUGGAGUAUCAUUCCCUCCCUAGCUAUCUCAAGGACAACGAGUACAUCUUGGGCUAUUAUCGCUCCGAAUGGCCGCUCAAGCAGAUCCUCUUCAGCAUUUUUACCAUUCACAACGAGACCCUCAAUGUUUGGACGCACUUGAUUGGCUUCUUUCUUUUUCUCACUCUGACUAUAUACACCGCAACGAAGGUUCCAUCAGUUGUAGAUCUCCACUCACUUCAACAUUUACCAGAUGUUCUGAAGAAGGCUGAUCUGCAUAAGAUUCACUCAGAACUCGUGGCCUGCCUACCUUCAAUGCCUCACCUAUCUGAUCUGCAGAGAAUAAAGGACGAAUUGAAGACGUCCUUGGCUUCUCUGGACAUGUUUACAUCUCUAUCUCACAAGCACCUCUUGCAGCUUCUUUCAUAUUGCCUACCCCACAGAUUUGCACAUGCUAAUGCUACUAAUUUAUCUCUUCUGUCAGCUAUGAAGGGCGAUGUGGUUAAUAUGAUAGCUCCAUUACUAGCACCUACGAUUCCACGGUGGCCAUUUUUUGCCUUCUUAGGCGGGGCAAUGUUCUGCCUCCUUGCUAGCAGCACUUGCCAUCUUCUAGCAUGCCACUCUCGACGUCUUGCAUACAUUAUGCUUCGCCUGGACUAUGCUGGUAUCGCUGCCCUCAUUGCAACAUCAUUCUACCCCCCAGUAUAUUACUCAUUCAUGUGCAAUCCAUUCUUCUGCAAUCUCUACCUCGGGUGCAUCACUAUUAUCGGAAUCGCCACAAUCACUGUCUCACUUUUACCAGUUUUUCAAAACCCUGAAUAUCGAGCCAUGAGGGCAGGUCUUUUCUUUGGGAUGGGAGUAUCUGGAGUGGUUCCAGUGUUGCACAAGCUGGUUAUUUUCAGCCAUCGGCCAGAGGCACUACAGACAACAGGCUACGAGCUAUUGAUGGGGCUUCUUUACGGCCUCGGUGCAUUGGUAUAUGCUACACGAGUUCCUGAACGUUGGAUGCCUGGAAAAUUUGAUAUCGCAGGGCAUAGUCACCAGCUUUUCCAUGUGUUGGUCGUUGCUGGAGCUUAUACUCAUUACCGGGCAGGAUUAAUUUACUUGAAGUGGAGAGAUUUAGCAGGGUGCUAGAGUUUCCAUGAAAAUUUUCAAUGGUACGGUGGCGUCGGCAACCACCAACAAGUUUUACCUUCUAAACUGUUGGACCAGAUUUUAUGUUGUCAACUAAAUAGAGAAGUCUAUAAUACUAGCAGUUGUAUGGUCGAUGCAGGAAAAACAAUUUGUUACGAACAGUUGCUUCUCAAAUCUAGCUGGUUUCUCCUGUGAACCUUCAUAACUGUAAUUUAUACAAAUGUGUUUGAUCUGUCCUGAUUUGUUUCUAGUCCGUUUUACACAAGAUCA